AGAGAGAGAGAGAGAGAGAGAUCUGAGUAAAGCUUUAGAUCGAACCGUUCGCAUUGGCUCUGGACUCCACGAGCCUUCUCUCUCCUCAGUUGAAGGAGAAUAGAUGAGAACAAAGUGUUACCAAACCUCUCUAAGCUAAUAUAAAGAAGUGAAAACCUAUGGAAGAUUACUCUAAAUAUACACACAGUCCAGCCCAUCUAGCUGUUGUGCUUCAUGACCAUGCUGCUCUUAAACGAAUCGUUAUGGACCUUCCCACCUUAGCUAAGGCUGGUGAGGUCACCAACGAAGCAGAGUCUUUAGAAGCUGAGUCACGUGCUGAUGCAGUAACUGCUGUCAUUGACCGCCGUGAUGUUCCUAACCGUGAAACACCUCUACACCUCGCUGUACGUCUCCGUGAUCCAGUCUCUGCUGAGAUUUUAAUGUCUGCAGGAGCAGAUUGGAGUCUGCAGAACGAGAAUGGUUGGAGUGCGUUACAGGAAGCUGUGUGUACUAGAGAGGAGGCCAUUGCUAUGAUCAUUGCAAGGCAUUAUCAGCCUCUUGCUUGGGCUAAAUGGUGUAGGAGGCUUCCGAGGAUAACCGCUUCUGCGUCGCGGAUACGUGACUUUUACAUGGAGAUAACUUUUCAUUUUGAGAGCUCUGUGAUUCCUUUUGUUAGCCGUAUUGCUCCUUCUGAUACUUACAGGAUAUGGAAGCGUGGUUGCAAUCUCCGUGCUGAUAUGACUCUAGCAGGUUUUGAUGGGUUUAAGAUCCAAAGAUCAGAUCAGACUUUUCUUUUUCUUGGAGAUGGUUAUGGUUCUGAAGAUGGGAAGAUGAGACUGUCUCCUGGUUCGUUGAUUGUUCUUUCUCAUAAGGAGCAGGAAGUGACAAAUGCUUUGGAAGGGGCGGGGACUCAGCCUACGGAGACUGAAGUGGCUAAUGAAGUGAAACAGAUGUCUCAGACUAAUAUGUAUAGGCCUGGGAUUGAUGUAACUCAGGCUGAGUUGGUUCCUCAGUGUAACUGGAGGCGGCAAGAGAGGACGGAGAGUGUUGGGAGUUGGAAAGCUAAAGUGUAUGAUAUGAUGCAUGUGAUGGUCAGUGUUAAGUCUAGAAGUGUUCCAGGUGCAGUUAGUGAUGAGGAGCUCUUUGCUGUUGAUGGAGAUAGAGUGGUGAAUGGUGCUGAGAAUGAUGGUUUUGAAGAUGUGUUAACCUCUGAGGAGAGAAAGCAAUUGGAUUCUGCUUUGAAGAUGGGGGAAGAUGAAGAGAAUGAUGUUAACAAUCAUCAGGAAAGUGGUUCAGGAGAAGUGAAUGGUGCUUCUCUCAAGGAGAAGAAAGGCUGGUUUGGUUGGAAUAAGAAAGGCUCAAAACCUGGUUAUGAUGGCAGUGAAGAUACAACAACUAAGCUUAAGAAAGGCUCUAAGUUGGCACCAGAAGAGAAAGGGAAAAGCCAGAGGACUGAUAAUACCACAAAGGACAAAGGCAGUGCCAAGAAGAAAAAGAGUGAAAGUGAGUACAAGAAAGGGUUAAGACCUGUGUUAUGGUUAACACCUGACUUCCCUCUAAAGACAGAAGAGCUACUUCCACUUCUUGACAUAUUAGCCAAUAAGGUCAAAGCAGUGAGGAGACUCAGAGAGCUUCUCACCACAAAACUUCCAACAGGAACAUUCCCUGUUAAGAUUGCAAUCCCCAUUAUUCCAACAGUUCGUGUUCUUGUCACUUUCACUAAAUUUGAAGAGCUACAACCAUCAGAGGAAUUCUCAACGCCUCCUACUAGCCCUGUCUUUCAUGAUGCAAAGUCAUCAGAUUCGUCAUGGGUGUCAUGGAUGAAAGGUACUCACGGUCGUGGCCAGUCAAGUGACUGUGACAGUAACCGUUACAGGGACGAUGAAGUGGACCCUUUCCUCAUACCUUCAGAUUACACAUGGGUAGACUCAGCUGAGAAGAAACGGAGAAUGAAAGCCAAGAAAGCUAGAAUAAGGAAGAACAAGAAACACGGUGCUCCAAAACCUGGCUCCUCGAGUUCUCGUUCUAAUCAAGAACCGGAUGCGUGAAUUGCACAUCCUGAAGAAACAGGGUGUAAAACUUAGAUGAGAAGAGGUUGGUUUGUGUUAUUUGUUUGUAGUAUGCAAUCUUGUUUGUGAAAAUUCUUUAAGGAACAGCCAUUUUGCUCUGUUCAGUUAAUCUUCAAGUUUGAGUUACACAUGUUGAAGCCAGUUUAUAAUCAGUUCAGCUCUGAAUCAAUGCUAAAGAAAUAGCUAGAUGGCAAUUAGGGGCUUU